AUGAUUUUUUUCUCAUACCUUUUUCUUUUUUUCUUUCUUUCUUUUUUCUUUUCUUUUUCUUUUCUUAAAAAAUUUCUUUCUUUCAUUUUUCUUUUUUUCUUUUCAUUUCAUUCUCCUUCUUUCUUUCUUUCUUUCUUUCAUUUCUUUUCCUUUUCUUUUUUCUUUCUUUCUUUCUUUUCAUUUUUCUUUCCUUUUUCUUUCUUUUUUCUUUCUUUCUUUUUUUUUUUUCAUUCUUUCUUUUUUCUUUUUUUUCUUUCUUUCUUUCAUUUUUCUUUCUUUCUUUUCUUUUUUUUCUUUCUUUCAUUCUCAUGCCUCUUUUUUCUUUCUUUCUUUCUUUUCUUCCAUUCUCAUUUUCCUUUUUCUUUUUUUUUUUCCAAUCUUCUUUCUUCUUUUUUCUUUCAUUCUCAUGCCUUCUUUCUUUCUUUCUUUUUCAAAUUUUCAUGCCUUCUUUCUUUUUUAUUCUUUUCUUUUUUUCUUUCUUUCUUUCAUUUAAUUUCUUUUCUUUCUUUCUUCCUUUUUUUCUUUUAA